AUGGAUCCCAUUCUCGAUGGCCUUAAUCCAGCCCAGCAUCAAGCAGUCACCUCGCCCGCCCCAAUUCUGCAGGUGCUUGCCCCGCCAGGGUCCGGCAAGACCAAGACCUUGACCGCGCGCGUCGCGUACCUGCUCUCCCACCAUGGCUAUCAGCCGCAAGAUGUCAUUUGCUGCACGUUUACGAUCAAGGCGAGCCGGGAGAUGCGCGAGCGCCUCGGCAAGCUGAUCGGCCAACGGUUGCAGUCGCGAUUGAUCCUAGGCACUUUCCACUCCAUUUGUCGUCGGUACCUGGUCAAGUAUGGGUAUCUGAUCGGUCUCCGCAGAGGAUUCGGAAUCGCGGACUCGGAUGAUAGCCGAGCUAUCCUCCGAAGAAUCAUCAAGCGGCUAAACUCUGGCAUGGAAAUCAGAGCAGCCCAAGGACGCAUCUCCCGGCACAAGGCCCACGGCCUCAGUCCCGACGCACUGGCCGAGCGAGUCAAGGCCGAGGAGCUGGAACUAGUGGACAUCUACCGCGAGUACGAAUCCGCGUUGGCCGCCUCGAAUCUCCUGGACUACGACGAUUUGCUCCUGCGGUGCGGCGAUCUCCUCCGCGAGCACCCGGAAUGCGUGUCCAACGUCCAGGCUGUGCUGGUCGAUGAAUUCCAGGACACCAACGUCAUCCAGUAUGACCUGAUGAACCUGCUUGCCGCCAAGAACAGACGCAUCACCAUCGUCGGCGAUCCCGACCAGAGCAUCUAUGGGUUCCGCUCGGCGGAGAUCCAGAACCUCAGGCGCAUGCAGCGCCGCUAUUCUAAUACCUCGGUCGUGCUUCUCGAGGACAAUUACCGCUCUUCGGGCUCGAUCUUGACUUCGGCUCAGGAAGUCAUCGAGCAGGAUACGACUCGGCCGGCGAAGAAAUUGCAGCCGACUCACUCUUAUGGCACUCUUCCUGUACUGAGGAAGCUUCCUACAGCGAAUGCCGAGGCGCAAUGGAUGGUACUUGAGAUUAAACGGCUCGUCGCCAUGACUGGGAGUCUAUUGCGUAUGUCCGAUUUCGCGGUUCUGCUUCGGUCCGCUUCGCUGUCGACGCGUAUUGAGACCGCGUUUGGGAGGGCUGGUAUACCAUACAAUAUGGUAGGAGGCCGGAAGUUCUUUGACCGCACAGAAGUCAAGACCCUGCUGAACUAUUUGCGGGUUGUGAGCCACACGGGCCAUACAGACGCAUUGCUUAGCAUUAUUAAUGUUCCGCCGCGGCGCAUCGGCGACGAGACCAUCAAGCAGUUGACUGGCGGUGCGGAGAAGUACAGUGUGCCCUUGUGGACAUUUAUCAAAGACGUUAUCCAAGGCUGUCGGUCCACAGAAAAGAAGUUGCAGAAGGCAGCAGAGCUGGGACUCUGCUCUUUGGUCAAACUCAUCGAGGCCUCGAGGCAAAAGUUGCAGGAUUGUUGCGAUGCGUCUGCCCCGCGCAUCCUCCUUGAGCAUAUCACAGAAAGCCUCUCGUUUCAGGAGUAUCUGAUUCGAACGUACCCCCUAGACGAGGACGGUCGCUGGGCGAACGUCAAGGAGUUGAUGGGGCAGGCCAAUGAAGCUGCUGCCAACGAUGAAGAUAACAGCGAGCAAGAUGAACUGCCUGAUAUCGAGGGUGUGGAACAGCAACAAUCCCAUGCUGGUGAAGAGGCACUGUCUCGGUUCCUGGCAAAUGUGGCUUUGGCCACGGAUCUUACCACCCAGGAGGAAGGCCAAGAGGGUGAAAAAGCCCUUGAGAAAGUGACUAUUUCCACUAUUCACGCUGCCAAGGGUUUAGAGUGGCCUGUCGUCUUUGUUCCGGCCGUCUACAACGGCAUUAUACCUCACUCACGAGCAGAGGUGGUAGACGAAGAAAGACGGCUGCUGUAUGUUGCGAUGACAAGAGCGCAAGCCCUGUUAUACCUGAGUCUUCCUCUCCGGCAGCCGCGAAUAGGAGAAGGCGAGGACUCGUCCACCAGCCUAACACCAUUUCUCCCGGGCAAAGUGACCAAAACACGAUUUCGUCCCACGGGGCCUCGAUUGCAUGAAAAGGUGGUCUACGCAAUUGCCGAUAUUUUACGCCGACCGCGGCCGUCUGAAGAAGACAUGCUUAAGGCACUCAGCUCGCUGCCGUCGACGCUGGACGACCACUGGACCGCCGAGGGCGAGGAACAGCGCGAUGCGGCCACGAAGUGGGAGUCGCUCAACGACGCGCCAAACGAGCCGUAUCCCAAACGACGACGCCCGGACACCAACCAGGGACCAAGCACUACAACGUUUGUCUCGUCGACGGGGUAUACCAUGAGCAAUCCGUCGCAGUUUACCGUCCCUACAACGCUCUCUGGGUUUCAAUCCGCGCGACACUACAUCACUACCAGCACCGAUCCACCGGCCGAGUCAGCCUCGCCGUCGACCGCAGAGACCGAGGCUGCCAGGCAACCGAAACAGUCUAGCACCGCCAGCCGCAAAGAUGGGCUCACCCAGGCCAGCAUCUCGAACUUCUUCGGGGAUCCGGAGGCCCGCCACAAAAGCGCGAGCCCGUCGCAGCACAGCGGCCGCAGCCACAAGCACUCCGACACAACAAUGAAUUCGCAGCAUCACAAUACAUGCGUCCAGCAGCGAACAGCACCGUCCCUGCGCCACUGUCCUCGCACCGCCCUCAGGCCCGACCAAUCCAGCCCACGCGGCCCGAUGAAAUCCGCGCGGAUGAUGUCGAUGACGCAGGCGUCCCACGAAUCCCAUCCUCCUGCCCCUGCCAAGGCGGAUACCGGCUCGGGCGAGGUGAAACAGGAGUCUGCUGCCCGGGGCGUGCAGUCGGUAUCCACGUUUCACACGACGACCAUGUCGAUGGUCUCCCAGCAACCGGCUUCCGGGCGACGUACGUUGGGCAUCAGACGGAGUAUGAAUGGAUGGGAGGCGCGAAUGAAGCGGGAGAGCGGUGGACGCUGA